UGGAAGAUGUCACUCGCUAGAGGAGUUCUGAUCAGCGCGUCCAAAACAAAAGUAUGGAAAGUUAUAAAUGCACCCUCCUCAGUGGUGCUUUGUGCAUCCCGGCCUGUGGGGGUUACGCGGGUGUCUCAGAUGCCCCCUCUGAUCUCCACAAUGCGGUAUAACCACAGCCCAGUUCAGGAGCAAAAAACAGCAAAUCCAGCAGAAGAUAAAGUCUAUCUCACUGAAUCUUGUGUCAAGAGGCUCACUGAGAUCAUGGAUAAGGGCGAGUAUCUGAGGAUACAUGUGGAAGGUGGAGGAUGCUCUGGCUUCCAGUAUAAGUUCUCAGUGGACACUGUCAAAAAUGAUGAUGACAGAGUAUUUGAACAGAACGGUGUUGGGGUGAUAGUAGACCAGGACAGUCUGGAGUUUGUGAAGGGAGCCACGCUGGACUUCAGCCAGGAGCUCAUCCGCUCUUCCUUCCAAGUUCUCAAGAACCCCCAGGCAGAACAUGGCUGCUCUUGUGGCAGCUCUUUUUCUAUAAAGGUCUGAGAGUUUCCCACUGUGUUAAGAUCCACAAUGCAUUUACAGUGCUUCUCCUCGUCCCAGGACAUGCAUUUCACAUUUUUGUGUCAGCAAAGAGCAGCUGACCAAGAGAAUGAUGAGUUUAACUAGAGGUGUAAGAGCAAGAAAACACAUAAAUUAGCAGUGCAUGGAGUCACCAGGAACAGAGUUGAGAACCACUGAUUUAAAACAACUUCACACAGCGUAUUCCAAACAAUAGAUGACUGAGUGCUUAUUUAAAUUAAGCCACAGCUCUGUUAUUGUCAGUUGUUGUUCCAUGCUCAAGUGAAUGAUUGUGACAUUUGUUGUGUAGUAAUUCAGUAUGCUUUAUGAUUACGGUAUAUUUAACAUCGGAGGACAGCAGAACUUGUCAACAGCCGUAAGGUCAUAUGCAAAAGUUUGCGCAACCCUAGUCAAAUAACAUGUUUUGUGAGACUAAGUACACUUUCUCUACAGAGAACACAUUUCUGCACAUUGUAAUGCACAAUUACUGCUUAAUUUUUAAAUUUGACCUACUGGGGAAAAAUAAAACAUAAAAUGGCUUGUGCAAAAGUUAUGUCUCAUUUAAUAUUUUAUGUUUAGUAGAAAAUGUGCACACAAAAUGGCAUGUAAGUGUGUUCUCUGUAGAGGAAUUAUUUUCACUUAGAAAUUCCAAUUAGUGUAAUUUAUUUUCUUGUAAACUGUACAUAAAAAUGUAAAUAGGAUGUUUAAUUGUUUAAUAAUAAAAUUAUAGUGC